AUGGCUAAGACAUUAAUUCCAGAUAUUGAAUUUGAAAAGUUCAACAAGCUUAAAGAAACACAAGGUACUAGAUUCCGAUUAACUCCUAGAAACUCCGUUACCAUAUUAAUAUUUGCUGGUCUUAUUCCAGCGGGAUUGACUUAUUUUGCUUACGCUACCGAAGGAAAAUUCCAUUGGAACAGAUUAUAUAGAAAGGGUCCACUCAAUCAAGUCAACUACGUUCCAAGAGAUAAAGAUUUGUAA